CGUGGGAGUUUUGCGCUCGUUUGCUCCGAGUUCGCGUCUCUUUUCUUCUCUCCGGGGUUUUGUAUCUUAAAUUGCAGCGUUGUGUGUCUAUAGGCUUACGAACGUCUUGUAUUUACAACAUAUUUGGUGUCGUGCUGGAUCCUGCAAAGUCACCAGAGCGCAAGAUGUUAAGAUACGGCCACAAAAACCCCUGUUGCCCGGGCUCAAAGAAGCUGGUUAAAGCGAACCCCUUGAAACAGUCGGGUGAGCUUUUAAAAAAGGAAAUCUUCGUUGGAAAUCUCCCCCUGGAUAUCAAAGAGGAAGAGAUUGCCUUCUUAUUCAAGGAUUUUGGAAUCAAAUCUUUGAAGAAGCACAGUAAUUCUUUCAGAUGUUUUGCAUUUCUGGACUUGAUGUCCCCAGAAUCCGCAAAAUUAGCAAUCCAGCUUUUGAAUGGACACUUCUUAAAAGGGAGACGGAUUUCCGUCGCAUUUUCGGAAAACAGGAAAACCCACGAGGUUGCGAAAACCAUCCCUCCGAUGCCGGAUUUGGAAUUGGUCCCACCCAGUGAAUAUGGAUUUACCAAUGGUGCCACCCAUAACUCCCCUGUAAAUCAGAGGGCCUGCUAUGCUGUCCCCAUGGAAAUGAGAAGUUCAUUCCUGUUCCACGUGUUGAACGGCUGCUUUGGAGAUGCCAAGUGGCUCGGUUCCGUGGCCGGCGUGGCCGCAGGGGAGGCGGGGCUUUUGGUGACGGACACGUUCCCGCUGAUGCCGUACUUCUGGGGCAUGGUCCUCAACGAGGUUUGCAGGAUCGACGCCCGAAAUUCCCAAGCGGAGGGCUUCCCUUCUGUAGACCCCUCGCCACGGAGACAGCGGGCACCGUUUCUUUGAACCCUCACGAG